ACUACAAAGAAAUUAGACAGACACAUGCUGUCAGGUAAAGCUGUCACCUGUAGAUGGCCUCGUGUCACAAUCAGCAGCAGGCUCGCAAGGACUGUCUGCAGCCAAUCACAGCUCCCAGUCAACCAGCCCCAUAAAGUUCGCUCGUCUCCGCCGUUUCACUUCUCCGUUUGGAGGAAACCGCGUCGUCUUCUUCUCGGUGCUAAAGAUGUGGAAGAAGCGCUCUGCUCUGGCUAUGAGCAACGCGGAUCGCCUCGAAGUGAGAGAUACGUUGUUGUUGUUGUAGGAAAUAAGAAGAUGUAUCUAUGGCGCGUCUCCAUCGCCAUAACGCUCGGCUUGGUGUGGUAUUUGUCAGACAGUGGGCGCACGGUAACUCAGUACUUUCUCUGCUUCCUCUUUUGUUUGACUACUCCGCUGUUAUUCGGGGGCAGUGGGCGAGAGAGCGGCACUCAAACUGAUGAAGACGCCAAGGAAAGAUCACAGCAGGAAGCAGAAGAAGAUGAGUUUUUUGUUGAUUUGAUUGAUGGGGAAAGCAGCGAGCUGCAGACUGAUCCAGCAGAGUCAGAGUAUCCACAUGUGAAGAGGUCUCUACAACAAGUGUUUGAGUGCGCCUACGCUCAGCUGGUCCUGCCUUGGUAUGGCGUUCCUGAGCCUCCUGAGCGCCAGCCUCUCCACCAGGUGCUCAGCAGGGAGGUCGACUUUGUAAUCGACCGGUUCAUUGAGAGAGCCAAAGACUUUGAUGUUUGCCAGGCGGUGGUGGGCUCCAUUCGGAUUCUGACCCAGCACUUGCAUAAUGCGAAGCAGUCUGAGAGAGAAAUUCUGUUUACAUCCAGAUUAGAUGAGAUCGUAGUCCUCAGAGAGUUUUCUGAUGCUCUGGUACGUAACCUUUUCCCAAAAUCUCUCUGGAGCCAAGAAGUCAACCGCUGUGCCUUAAAUGAGAUCAUUGCCAUAAAGGGAUUGGGUCAUUUGGUGACGUGGCUGUCCGACCCCGACAACCUGAACCAGCUAGUCGUAAGCCAACUCGACAGCGCGUCUCCCAAAGGCUCUGUGGAGGAGCUGUGUGGAUCAGACUCGGAUCAGACCUCUCUAGCAUCACAGGAGGGUGAAGCAGAGGGCAGCGAAGUCUUGGAGGGAGCAGGGAUUUCAACCAGGGCCAGAACUAAAGCCAAAAGAAAAAGCAACAAGUUAAAAGAAGGAUGGUCAAAGUUUGUGGACAAGAUGAAGACCAAGAAGGCGAAGAAGAAGAAGAUGAAGAAGAUGGAGCAGGAGCUGGUGAUGAGGAUCAUGGCCAUCCAGGGUGACGUGUCUAAUGACGAGGAUGCCAGCAGCAGGGAGGGCUCUGUCUACAGCCACCAGGACUCUGACAGAGAGGACAGUGAUCUGGAGAACUACCUGACGAGCGUCCAGGAGGACAUGAUGGAAUUCAAGCUGUCAUAUGAAAUGUGGCGCGUGGGCCGCUGGGCUGUCAGCAUCCCUCGUGCGUACUGGGAGGAUGAGGAGCUGAACUUUAUGGUUCACCUGGAGGAGAAGGACAACCCUGAGAACCUGCAGUGGGACAUCAAGAAGACUUACAUGGAUGUGAUCUACUUCCGCAACAGAUGGCAGGAUUCAACUAGUCUGCCCUCCAUCCCAGUGCUGGAGGAGUUGGAGGCAAACAAUGGGAUCGAAGAAGAAGCACGAGUGUCAGUGGAGCAUUUUCUGCAGGGAUUAGUAUCUGACGGUCUGAUCGGUCACACUCAGCCGGUCUUUCAGUUCCUCUGUCCCCUCGAAAAACUGCUGAAUGAGGAGGAACAUUAUGGAGGUGUGUGGGGCUUACUCAGCGGCUUGGCUUACUUCCUGACUCCUGGUCAAGAAGAAGAAGAGGGCUCGAGCCCUCAAACAGAGACUCCAAAAGGAUUCACAACACCAUCCUCACAUCCAGAAUCCACAGCCCUGCCUUUAGAAAUCCAUGGUGCCUCUGCCAUAAAGAGCCGUGAUGCUCCUGCUGCUCCAAUCCCAACUAUUGUUAUCUCCCAGAUUGAUUCAGAAGUGGAGGAAGAAAACGAAAAGGAGCCUCAGUCUGCAAAUGAAAAUUCUCCCCAAGACAAAGCAGAGGACUCGGAUAACCCCUUAACCUCUCACUUUAAAAUGAUUUUCAAAGGACUGACCCGAUCUAGGUCACAGGAGUCUCUGGUAUCAACAAAAUCCAACGGGGAUGAUGACCCUCCUGAUUCAGACUCGACGCCGCACAGCAGCCAGAAUGGAGGCAUGCAGGGGGAUAGCGCAGAGGGUCCAUCGUGGCUCCAUUUCAGUGCGAGGUCAAAUAAAAAGGAGAAAAUAUGCUUCAAGGUGUCUGGUGGAGCGAACAAGGCCAAAGGGAAGGAUCAGGGCAGUUUGCUGAGAGGGGAGGACUUGCAGUUUCAGAAGAGCCAAGUGAACUGGGAGCAGCUGGAGGCGACCAAAGCCAUAUUUGAUCUGCUGAAAGAAAUCUCUGGAAAUUCCAUCCUCAUAAACAUAUUUGACGCAAUUUUGAAACCUGUGAUGCCCAUCUUGAAAAAAAAAGUGAACGCUUUCCUGAACAAGAUGAACCCAACAGAACAGCAGAUGGCCGUGUACAUCGACACUAUGCGGGACAAACAGUGGCCAGACUGUCAACCAGCAACUCCUUCUCCGCCUCGCACCGAAGAGGAGAAGAACGAGACGAGGGACAAAGCCCACAACCUAAUCAGUGCCAGAUGUACGGGACAAAUUCUCAAGUAUGUUGACUUUGACUUCAUUAAAAUACAAUUUCCAUUAUACUUUUUAUUUCUGUCUCUAGAUUCAAACUAUCUCGUCUUGAAGAAGACAGACAUGGAGGCUGUUUUUAAUCUAUUCCAGGAAAGUGAGGAAAACAAAACACUUGUUUAUAUGCUCUUGUCAUUCCUGUUGAAAGAGUUUUUCCCUGAUGAGCAUUCCCUCAAUGUGAGCGCUGUGGCCUUACACAAAGUGACCAACUCGACCAGCUAAUCUGUAAAUCCUUUUAUUGUCUUUUAAUGUUUCUUUUUAAGUGACAUUUUAUAAUAUCCAAUUAUUUAUUAAACAUCUUAAAUGCCUUUAAAAUAUUUGUGACAGUUUCUGUAUCAGUGUCACUGUACUUUCUGGGAUUUUUACCUCAAUCAUACUGUGAACAGUCUUGGAUUUUGUUUAUUUUUUAUAUUGUACAGAUGAUUUGAAUUUGUUAAUGAGUGACCUGGACUUAUUUGUUUGUGAAAGCAGAAACAUUCUUUGUGAGAGCCAGUUUUCUAAAUGGUGUUUUUAUUGUUAACCUAAAAUUUACAGUUUAAAAAUCACCCUUCACGUUUUAAUGUAAAAGAGGUUGAUAUUUCUAAAACAUUUACUGUCACUUUGAGCACUUAUGUAUGGUGAAUGUAAAUGCAUGAUGUGUAACAUUGCCUCAAGUUUUGUUUGAUGGAAUAUCUCACAAUAACUGAUCUCAUAAAUCUGUCAAACUUUACAUUACCACUGUCAAAGGAAACUUGAAGUUGUGUUAAGGUAUGGUAAGGUAAAUAACUAGAUCUUUUUUUUUUUUCAAAUAAAAUAUUUUAAUAACUUUUUAA